AUGCCAGCUUCAACACAACCCACUUCAUUGAGAGUGAGGGUUGGCACAUGGAAUGUUGCUACCAAGAAUGUGCAAGACAAGAAUAUACCCUUAUUUGACCUAUCCUACUGGCUAACUCCUCCACUUUCACUGCCAGUGUCGACAUCCAUAUGCCAACAGUUGCAUCAGCACCAGUCUAUACAUCCCAUUAUACCUCAUAUGGCGACUGAAACCAAAGAUGCUUUAAAAAAAGCAGAUGAAAACGAGCCAGAUAUCGUUGUGGUAGGGUUUCAGGAAUUGCUGCCACAGGUCACAGCUGCCUUAUUACCAUCAACCCAACGCAGCCAUUGGCUCACAGGAACUGGACAAAAUAAACGGUUGGGUGAUGCAUAUAUUCAUGGUCUAGAACCUUGGAUAUGGAUGGUCCAAAAUGCGCUAAGAUGCAGCUCGAGUUCUAGUAGUAAAGAAAAAUCUACAUCCAUUCAGCAGUCCGUGGUCGACGAUAGCAAUUCAACCCAUACAUCCUAUCGAGUCGCAUUCGCAGGACGGAGUGUUGCCAUUGGGAUUGCUGUCUUUGUCAAGCAUGAGAUCGUCGUGUCACGUAUCGGUUGGGGUGCAGUUGGUACUGGUCUGGCAGGUUUUUAUGGCAACAAGGGCACUGCGGCUAUAUCUUUAGAUGUUACCACGUUGGACAAUCAAGUGCAUUCAUUGUGCUUCAUGAGUUGUCAUCUUGGAGCUCAUCAGGGAGAAGGACGAUGCAUAUGGCGUAACCAAGAGAUGUCAAGCAUUCUCGACACGUUGGUUAUGGAUGAUAUAACCGUAUCAGCCAAUGAAAAACGGCAAACUACUUUAAGCCAGCCCGUUGUUUUUGGUACCAGCUCAAACGGCACUGGUUCAACCUUGAAUGGUAUUCGUAUGGUUGGAGAUCAUAAUCACAUUUGGCUUUUUGGAGAUUUGAACUACAGAUUGUCGGGAACUAAAAAGAAUGGUGGCAGAUGGGCAAUUGAUGAUGGUCCCGUAUCUGAAAUACCUGAACGAUCAGACGUGUUGAAGCUUGUACAUGAUGGAGAUAUAUCUGGCUUGCUAUGCAUGGACGAGGUGUCGUGUAUUCGAGGUCACAGGUACGGUGCAUUGGGGUUAUUUGAUGAGCAGCCUAUCCGUUUCUUGCCAACAUAUAAGUUCAAGAUGGAUGAGCAUUACAGUAUCCAACCUUGUGCCAUUCUGAGCAAUGAUGGAGAUGAGUUGCCCAGACUUUCUUGUACCUGCAUGGUUGGUGGUGUGCCAGCUGGAAUAAGCAAGUCUUUUUCAACUACGCGACUGCCUGCAUAUUGCGAUCGGAUUUUACAUGCUGGAUGUAGUAUAUCUGGCAAUGGGUACUGGAGUGAGCCAGGAUAUAGUUUGAGUGAUCAUGUACCUGUUUGUGCAGAUUAUUUAUUGCAUCCAUUGGUGCUGCCGAGUAUAUCUGAUGCGACAGCACAACCCGACUGCGUAAAAUCAAAAGAUUGCUCUGGCUAUGAUGCUGAUUAUGGACACCGUUUGAAUCCAUACCGGGCAGGAAAAAGAGCAACGACACACUUUGCUAUGCAUAAUCUUGUGCUAUGGAAAAGAUUCCAGCGUGUAGGAUAUGUCAACCGUCACUGGAUUUCAUUGUUCGUGUUUACGGCAUUACUGAGAUUCCUGUAUCGAGCAUAUAUCAUCUAA